AUGCUGCAGGCGAACAAGGCGCACGUGAUCGCCGGCUUCACCCGCCAGAACUUGAACUUGCGGCAGCUCGAGCUGCAAUACUGGAUCGAAGUCUUGAAGAAAUUUGCAACUUUGGCUUCUUUUUUAGGAGGCUUCGCCUCCACAGUGGUGCAGCUGCAAACAGAUGUGCCGGGGGGCCCCGAUGGCUUCCGCCUCAUAUUUUCCCUCACAGCCUCGGGGGCCCUCGGCCUCAACUUUCUCGUACUUGUCAUUUGCACCACUUGCAAUGUGUGGGGCCCCGGCAAGGCCCUCACGGGGCAGGGCGAGGAGUCAUUCAGAGUGGUGAGCAGCAGCAGCAGCAGCAGCAGCAGCAGCAGCAGCAGCAGCAGCAGCAGCAGCAGCAGCAGCAGCAGCAGAAGCAGCAGCAGCAGCAGCAGCAGCAGCAGCAGCAGCAGCAGCAGCAGCAGCAGCAGCAGCAGCAGCAGCGAACUUCGCCAGAAGCUGCAGCAAACUGGGGGUUUCCGCUGCUUUAAAGGCUCUAGUUUUUUACCCUAA